AGAUACCGGAGCUGCUGUUACAGCACCAUGAGUGAGCGACAAGGAGCUGGGGCAACCAAUGGAAAAGACAAGACCUCUGGUGAAAAUGAUGGGCAGAAGAAGGUUCAAGAGGAGUUCGACAUCGACAUGGAUGCGCCAGAGACAGAACGCGCAGCAGUGGCCAUUCAGUCUCAGUUCAGAAAAUUCCAGAAGAAAAAGGCUGGGUCCCAGUCCUAGCGGGACUUCCUAGUCUGCCAGAAGACACCACCUUCAACCAUCCUGUCAAGAAAUUAAAAGAACAACACCCUCGAGGGAAAUCAUUUGCGCACGAUACCCACGUGCACCUCAGUCCCGCAAUGCAUGUACAGAGACCCGUGAUAUUUAUACCCUUGUAGGAAGGCAUAGACCAUGCAAUUGUG